CCUGCUGCUGCCUGCCAUGCCUGCUUCUCCCAUCCUCUGAAUCCCUUCCCCAACCCUGAGCUCCCGGGGACUUGUUUUCUGCUGCCCUGAGGCCAGUUUCACUCCACACUUGAUCCCACAGCUCCUGGGCUAGAACAUGCAUUCUCAGGCGUGGAGUCAGACCUGCCUGUUCCUUCCCAUCUCUAGGGUCUGGACAAGCUCUUCCACCUUCUGAGGCCUCUCAGUUUUACCAUCUCUAAAAUAGUCAUGGUGGUGCCUACCUCACAGGGUCACCAGGACAACUAGACUAGGUAGGUGUGAGAGACCUCUUGGUACGGCAUUGAUUUCUCAUCUUCUCUGCCUGACAGAUUCUAGGUCCUUGGUAAGUGUGUGAUGAACUCAGACAGUGGCAAGGGACCUCACUGGGAGUGAGCCUUGGUUGCUUUGGAGAACCUGUGGCUGGUGGUCCUCCCUGGAAGGCUUCCCUCUCUUCUUUGUGUGCGUUGCUAAGCAUUUAAUUCCAGGUGACUGGUCUGAGCCUCAUUCUAGCUUUGGCGUGUCCUAGCACACCAGCUUGUAAAACGAGAUGCUCAUUCGUAUUGCAUGACGUUUGCAUGGAUGAAACCCGAGCUACCCACUCAUGAAUAAUCCACCUGUCCUUGUUCUCCCCCAAAGGACAUUUUCCUGGGACAAUCCAAAGGCACAGUAGCCACUUCAGAAUUUCCAGAAAGUCCUUGUUGUAGACUCAGCCAGUUUUUAAUUAAGCCUGGGCCAGUGAAAUGUUUCUGGGAUGGAGCCGGCAGCCCAGGGACAGACUGAGAAAAGCUUCAGCUACGUCAUCAGGGCUCCCAGCAGCGACGGCUCCGAUGUGAUAAAUGUGGAUCUGAAGAUCAACACGUGCUGGGUGUUCCGAGAUGUGGAGGAGAGUGACAAGGAGGAGGAGCAGGGGUGCCUCCCAGAAGCAGCUAGCAGCCCGGACUUGGACACAGGGCUGCUCAGGGAGCAGCUGGAAUCCUCAGAGCAGAAGCUGUUGGCAGCUGUGGACAAGUAUGUGAUAUCGGAGUCGGGGCUGAGGAACAGGGUCCAGGAACUGGAGCUGUCAGAGAGGCAGCUUCUCUCAAAGGUGGAACAGCUGAGUGCCCGAGUGGUCCAGGAAAGAAGCGCCUCACUCUACGCCCAGGAGCAGCUGCAAGCACUGCAGGGGCAACUGGUCAGCCGGGUGCAGGAGGCAGAGAGCGCGGCCCGACGGCAGCGGCGGCUGCAGGAACGGCUGCGGCGCAAGGACGAGGCGCUGGCGCGGCAGGCGGCGACCCUGGAGCGUUGCGGGCGGGUGCAGCGCCAUCAGCUAGGUCUGGUGCGGGAGCAGGAACGCGCUCUGCGGAUGCAGGUGCAGCGGCUGGAGCGCGACGUGCGGCGGCUAGGCCGCGCUGCAGGUCUCCUGCUGGCACAGCUGCAAGUCGCGGACCCACUGCCCGGUGCGAGCAGCUCCGGGCCACAGCUUCUAGACGUUUCUCUGGUCGUCCCUGGGGCUGCAGAGCUGAGCGAGCUGAGCGCGCUGAGGGCCAGGGCGGAGCGUGCGGAGAGGGAGCAGACGGAGGCUGCGCGCAGGCUGCGGGAGCACAGCGCCACCGAGCGGCAGCUGCGGGAGCAGCUGGAGGAACUGCGCUGCUGCGUGUAUGGGCUGACGCUAUCGGAGAUAGGCCUGCACAGCCAGGUGGAGGAGCUCGCCCAGGAAAACCGGCGCUUGCGGUCCCAGCUGGGGCAUGGUAGCCCGGCUACCUUGGGCUGUGCACAGAGUGAUUCUCUGCCCCCACCCAGGGGAGAGGCGCUGGAUCCCUGCAGCAGCCAAGGCCACCACUGUGAUGACCGUGGACUUCAGGCCCCAGCAGGCCAGCUUUCAGAAGAGCCCUGCAGCUGUGUUGCAGAUGGACCAGAUCCCUGCAUGGUGGUGCCAGCAAGGACCCUAGGCGAGCUCCAGGGAGACCUGCCAGGGUCUGAGCAUAGACAGGGUGCUCCUGUCCAGCCUCGCCUAGAUGGGCAGGUUCUUCGACUGCUCUGUAGGGGUCCCCCAGGGCCAAGCAUGGAUAAGUCACUCUGCCCUUUGGACCUGGCAGAAGUUUCAGAGACUCUCCAAGCUGCUGGAGUUCAGGAACCCCUAGUGCUGUUACCCACAUCCAUGCUCCACCUCUGGGGACCUGCUAGGGAACCAGAGAUCCUACUGCCACCUCUGCUGCAGGAGCGUCCCCUACAGGAACUUCAGACCUUUGAAGAGCUGGGCAGCAGCAAGCCCUCACCUGCCCCUGGGGCUUCGGCAUACACUGCCUGGCAUUGUAAUCUGGCAAGGAGCCAUGACACCUCCCACAGCCAGGAGUCCCAACUCAGUUCAAAUGGCCCGUUUCUCACAAAAGGGCCCAAGGAGCAAAGAGGCACAUGGAAGGAGAGAAGCGUGCCUCCAGUUGCAAGUGCAGAGAAAUGGAAGAUGAUGAGACCCUUGGAGGGGAUAAAAUCAGAGCUUGGUGACAAGCGCAUGCUGGUCCCCGAAAGCAAUGAGAAGCUGAUCUUGGACACUGAGGUCCAAGCCCUAGGGGACAUGCAGGAAGCAAGCAAGGCUGCAGAUGCCCAGGUUGUGGCCCCCUUUCCUUGGAUCCAGCCAGAAUGUCUAAUACUGCCUCUGCAUGGUGGGACAACCUCUAGGUCACAGGAGGAUCCUGAUUCCCUGAGCAAGACAGGGAGUGUGGAAGGAUGUGGCUGGGGACUCUUGGAAAAUCUGUCUUCAGAGAAGGAGGAAGAGGCCACUGGGGCUCAUGGGACCCGAGAGCCAAGGAUAAAUGGUAGCCAGCUCCCAGCAGGAGAAAGUAAAGAAGGCUGGAGGAGUGCACAGGGCACGUGGAGCCACCAACUGUGCUUUGGAGACACUCGGCUUCUACAGAAGGAGAGAUCUGGGAACGAAGAACAAGAGCAGGAGAUGCAAGUCCGAGUGACAUCCAACCCAGCUUCUGUGGGAGUCCCUGAGCAGCCUGAGUUCAAGGCCCAUGUGGGUCCUGAACAGUGCCUACUAAUGGAUCAUCAGGAUUCGCUGCCAUUUCCCAAAUGGGCCUCAGCAGGUGCCUCCAGCGACAAUCCUUGCCCCUCCCAGUCUCUGUUCACAGGACCGGACAGGUGUGCCCUUCAGCCAGACACGCUGGAGAGGGAGGUGGAGGCCAGCUGUUUCCAGCAGCUGAACGACUUGAAGCUUGUCUAUGGAGGUCCCCAGCAGAUGUCAGCACUGAGGACAGAGAGCCAGAGUGUCACUCACGUGUGGUGGGAUGUUGAUGAGGGUGCGUGGGCCAGCCAGGAUCUGUAUUCGAGACCCAGCAGGAGUGGCGAAGGGGUGAGGUUGGGAGAGGAAGUGGCCCUGUGUACUGGAGAAGUUCUUUCAGGAGCAGCACUCAGUGGGGAGAAAGCCAACCAGGGUCCUGCAGAGCUGGGUGGGAGCCAGCACCCCGCAACAUGGUGCACCCUAAAGAGGCCGGAAAGCAGGUUCCACCAGCUCCGUGCGAACCUGAAGAAAGAGAGAAGUCAGGUUUUCCUUGAUAACGCCAGGCUUCAGGGAGACCAAGAAGGAUGUGACCACGAAGGAUGCCGUCGUGAGAGAGAGCCCAUGAGAGAAGCAGCAGCAGCGGAAGCACUGAGGCUGGCGCAGGCAAACUACACGUUGCAGGGAGAGCUGGUCCGCCUCAGGCGCGAGCUCGGUCAGUGCCUGCAGGCUGUGUCUGACCUGGAGGACUGCAAUGGGAAGAGUUACUGCAAGAUUUCCCAGCUGGAAGAGGAGAAUGAGAAAUUGAAGGCAGACCUGGGCCAGCUGCACAAAGCCGUGUCUGAGAGUGUCAGGAAAGCCCGGAGCAGGAUGAAUCAUGUCUCUCUGGAAAACAGAGAGCUCAGGGCUCUGAUCUCAGAGCUCGGGGUCAGUUAUAAAGGGCUGAUAAAGGACACAAUGCUAGGGAUAGAAGACAUGGUCUGGGCACUGCAGGGGGAAAAUAAACACCUUGUCGGCAGGGUCCAAGGCCUGGAGCAGGAGGUCCUGCAGAGGAGUAGAGAUCCAGGGGAAGAAAAGUGGUACCCCCAGGGAAAGUCCAAAAUGGUGGGAGACAAGGGACUUACUGAAGACAAAGAGGUCCAGGUGACUAUGUUUUCAAGACACCUGAUCACAAGCGCCUGUGGCUCAUCCUGGGAUGAGAAAUCAUGUGUGACUGGAGGGCAGGUGAGACCUACUUUAUAUUUGGAAGAUUCCAGAUGCAGGGCUGAUGCUAAUACUACCUCAUCAGUCUGUGCAGUCACCACAGAGCCUCAGGAAGCAUACACCAAGGGGGCAGAGGGAGACGGAGCUCGGCUGCAAAAAGAACAGAAGACAUCAUGGUGUUCUGUGCAACAGGGGCAGCCACGGGAGCCCCCGAGCCACAGUGCCCAGCUCCAGAACUCUAAGGCAGCUGCCUCUGAAGAAGACCCUAAACUGUGCCUACAGCGGCUCCAUCACCAGGUGCGGACCCUACAGUGCCAGCUCAGGGACCAGGGCUGGGCACUGAGGGAGUUGCAGGCGGCUCGGGAUGAGGCAGUGGGCCUCCAGGAUAAGCUCAAAGGCAAGCUUGAGGAGCUCUGGGAACAGCAGCAAGAAGCACGCCUGGCCACUAGUCCCCUGAAGGCCAAGCUGGCUUCCCUGGUCCACAAGUGCCAGGAGAGGAACCGCCUGAUUGAGCACCUACUGCAGGAGCUGCCGAGACACGGGCCCAAGAACCACCUGCUCUCCGAGCUGGUGCAGAACGUGCUUGACGACGAGGCACUGGCUGAAUAUACCACCACCUUCCUGACCCCAGGAGCCCCGGAGACAGCCUACCACCUGGAUGUGAGCUCCAAGGGGACAGCAGCUGGAGGAGGAGCUCAGGAGUAUCUGCUUAAUUCGGAAACAGACAGUGUCCUUCAAAACCUGUGGGGUGUGGAGUCCUGGUCCCUUCCAAGCCCUGAGUGGACAUUGCAGACGGCUUCUCCUGGUUCCCCGAGGGUUGCCCUGGCCAGCACCUUCCCCUUCCAGGGCUGA